CGAUAGGAUCUCCGCGGCCCCGCGUUAAGGCGGGGGAGCGCGCAGCACCCGGUGCAGAGUGUUUCCCUUCCGCUCGCCCGGUAACCGCGCUCCGUUGCCCUCGGUACUCCCGGUCCGGGCAGCGCCGUGCCGAGCUGCUUCUCCGGCGGGUGGCCAUGGAGUACACACCGCCCCCCAAGCCGCAGCUCUCCUCCCGGGCCAACGCCUUCUCCAUCGCCGCCCUCAUGUCGAGCGGCAGCUCCAAGGACAAGGAGUCCCCCGAGAGCACCAUCAAGCCGCUGGAACAAUUCGUUGAGAAAUCCUCUUGCGCCCAGCCUUUGAGUGACUUAUCCAGCCUGGACCCUCACGGGGAUUUUAGCACCAGCCCUUCGUCCUUGUGCACCGAGCCCCUCAUCCCCACCACCCCCAUCAUCCCCAGCGAGGAGAUGGCCAAAAUCUCCUGCAGCCUGGAGACCAAAGAGCUCUGGGACAAGUUUCACGAACUGGGUACCGAGAUGAUCAUCACCAAAUCCGGGAGGAGAAUGUUUCCUACGAUCAGGGUUUCCUUCUCGGGAGUGGAUCCUGAAGCCAAAUACAUUGUGUUAAUGGAUAUAGUUCCUGUAGACAAUAAAAGAUACAGAUAUGCCUACCACAGGUCUUCCUGGUUAGUGGCUGGAAAAGCUGACCCUCCACUCCCUGCAAGGUUGUACGUACACCCUGACUCCCCGUUCACUGGAGAGCAACUGCUGAAGCAGAUGGUGUCCUUUGAAAAAGUCAAACUCACCAACAACGAGCUGGAUCAGCACGGGCACAUAAUUUUGAACUCCAUGCACAAGUACCAGCCAAGGGUCCACAUUAUUAAGAAGAAGGAUCACACAGCUUCUUUGCUAAACCUGAAAUCGGAAGAGUUCAGGACAUUUAUAUUUUCAGAGACAGUUUUUACUGCUGUUACUGCCUACCAGAAUCAAUUGAUAACCAAGUUGAAAAUUGACAGCAACCCUUUUGCUAAAGGAUUCCGGGACUCUUCCAGACUCACUGAUAUCGAGAGAGAAAGUGUGGAGAGCCUUAUCCAAAAGCAUUCCUAUGCCCGAUCCCCCAUUCGAACCUAUGGAGGAGAAGAUGAUCUCGGAGAUGACAGCCAAGUGACACAAAGCAGAGGGUCAGCUUUUACAACGUCUGAUAACCUGUCCCUCAGUUCCUGGGUAUCCUCCUCAACCAGUUUCCCUGGAUUUCAGCAUCCACAGUCUUUGAGUGCCCUGGGUACCAGCACUGCAUCCAUAGCUACUCCUAUUCCUCAUCCCAUCCAAGGAUCUCUGCCUCCAUACAGUCGCCUGGGAAUGCCUCUGACACCCUCUGCUAUCGCCAGCUCUAUGCAAGGUAGUGGCCCCACUUUCCCUUCCUUCCACAUGCCGAGGUACCACCAUUAUUUUCAGCAGGGUCCUUAUGCAGCCAUCCAGGGACUGCGUCACUCCUCUGCAGUGAUGACGCCGUUUGUAUGACUGAUGUAGGACAAGAGAAACGUGAGAUUUUAAACAUGCAAGUUUGGUAUGAAAAAAAUACAAGCGACCUUCCUGAAAGGCCUGUGGGAGGAGUGCUGAACCUUUAACAAACCAGCUAAGAAAAUGCAUUAUGGAUACAUAUUCCUCCAUUGAGGGAUCACAAGAAGCGAGCAUGCAGCUUGGAGCUGCUCACAGACCUAUGUGUAACACAGCCGAAAUGGAUCCCAAUGUUCCCAGGAUUCUUGGUCAUGUGCAGCUUGUUCCAAAGGUGCAUUAUACCUAGUGGAAAGAGAUUAUGUUUAUGCAGCAGUGUACAAAUUAAUUGUGUAUAGGUCUUUUUUCAUAUGCUAGAAGAAUUCUGAAAAAGGCAAUACUCUUAUUCAUCUUCAUCUCUCCUUGUGACCGAUAUGCAUCUAAACAGGAAAAAAGUAUUGCUAUAUCUUUGAGCUUGUUUUAAGCUAUGUCAGUAUACAUUUGCUGGGAAUGGGACAAAGUGGAGAAGGCCACUGUCCUUCUUGAAAGACUGGGUUAUAUUCACCAAAAGCAGUAUUUCUUAGUUGCUACUAUAAUCCCAAAGAGAAAAUUAUUAACAAGUCUUUCUUUCUUAAUUUCUUUCAUAAAACACUAUUAGUUCAAAAAAAAGAACUGUGUUUCAAGACUGUAGCAGUAAUUAUGUGUUCUACCCUUCAGUCUGUAAAAACAGUUUGUCCUAUAUCCUAGGAGGAGCAAUUUAACUGUCUAUUAAGAUAUGAUGAAGGAAAAUGUUGAUUUGGGAAAUUCUGUUACUUACAUUUAGAAACCCAAGAUAUCAAAUCAAUGCUUGUUUGCUGCUGUGCUUGCUACCAGAAACCUCUUUCUAGAUGCAAAUGCGUACCAAGAUAACUGAAUUUCAGGCUACAUCAGUUUAUAGACUCUAGAUCACACUAUAAUCAAUGGACUGGUAUGAGUGGCAUUGCAGUAUCCUUUUACUUUUUCUGAUUUUCUUGGGUUUGAUCAUGGCUGUUGCUUUACAAGCUGUUUGGCCAGGAGAACGAGGGUUAUACUGUCUGUUUUUCCAUGUACCAGUAGAACGGUGGAGUUUGCUUGGGAAAAGAUCAGUGCAGAAUUUCACACUUCUUUUUUUGUUGUUGUUGUUGUUGUUCGUAUCUGCCAUUUUUGAGUUAGUAAUUAGGGUUCUCUUUCAAAGUACUGUCCACUUUUUCUAGUACGUUAUGCCCGAGGCAACAGAGGAACUGUAGAGGUGUAAGAAAAAUGGACCUCUCUGCAGAGAGCCAGCAUGAAUCCUUUGCACUGCUGAAAAGAGAACCAGUGCCACGCUGGUUUUCUGGGUGGUGGGUGCCAGGAUUUCACUGUAAGAAAGAAGUCAACACAGAGUUUCUGUGUAGAGUGGCAUCCAAGUUAUAGAUGAUAACACAUCUACUGAUAGAAAAGAACCAGCAGUCCAAUCUCAUAUAUUAAAGGUCUGUGUUGAGCUAGAACACAGAAUGGAAAACAGACUUUUUCUUCGCACUAUUCUCUUAUACUUUUGACCGGUGUGUGUUGGUAUCAUAUGGUAGGAAGCAGAGUGCAGAUCACCGAGUCACCUACCUCCCAUCUCUGUGAAGUGCAAGGCAAGUCACCUGCCCUUUUUUGUCCCAUUUCCUUGUCUUACAUGCCCCAUCACACAGAGCAAUGACAAUUUCCCAGGCUUUUCCCAGUUUCUACUGUAGGCUGGUACUUGCAUCCUACAGAUAAGGGCCAUCUUUAUGUAUAUGCCAGUAGCUCAAUUGAAAAUCUUGUCAAAUUGGCCAUUUCAAUCACCUCAGCUAUCUGCAGUAUCAUCCUAAUUUCCCCUCACUCACUGUUAGACCUGCUGAUAAAAAAUGACCUGAGACAAUUUGUAACUUCUGUGGUCUGUAUGUGAACAAAACCACACUUUUAUUUACAGUUUUUGAGUUCAGAGCUACUACAAGGAGUUGCACAGAUGAAUAUAAUAGGCCAAGCUCUGCAGUAUUUGAAUGGCUUAGAGUCAGACACUGAAUUUGUCUUGAUGUAUCCAAACAUCAGAUUUUGCUCCAGGCUAUAUGAUUCACCUGAAAAGUGCAUGUUGCAAGGUCUCAUCUACUUAUGACUUGUUUUGAUGUAAUUCCCCUUUUUUUUCAGGAAAUUAGGUGAUACUGUCCCCACAACAAUGUAACUCUCCAAGUACAUAUUUGAUUCCACAGAAACAAAAAAUUCAGGGGAGAUUUGGAAGAAAAUUUUAAUUGCUCUCCUUCCGUUGCUUCACUUCUGUUAGAGUUCUAUGGAGGUCCUACAACAAGAUGCACUAAACCCUGUGGGAAAAUUAUGUUUCUUUCCUCUGUUUCCUUCUUCAGCUCCAUUAACUUAUCUGGAGUUGCAGGUGAUAUAGUUAGGUUCAGAAUUCAAGCCAGUAGCUUUAGUGCUGAUACUUCCAUCAGGAAAUGGUCAAGUAAGCAGGCAGCUUUUACAGGAUUCCAGAAAUAAGUUUGGAACAAGUAGGCUGAUUUAGGCAUGUUUUACAAGUCAUAUAAAGCUUGCUCAUAUGGUGACCUGUCCUUCCUUCAUAAGGCACAUUCAGAGAAAUAAACUGUACAGUCUCUUUAGCCCCGUCCCAGUCCCUGUUCUGAAAACACCAGUGUUUGGCAUACAGAAAUGCCCUUGAUACUGUUUCAGAGCAAAUUCUUCAGGUUCUUCCUGGAGAAUGAAACUGGCUUUUGACAUAAUUUACCAAAAUAUUAAAUGAAAGACAAGUUCUUUUCACUAUGAAUAAAAUGUGAUUCAUAUCUGAAAAAAAAUAUGGGAGUAGACUGUUCCUGUGAAAAACCACGAUAAGGCAAAUUCCUCAUCCAAAUUCUCUGUGAUGAGUUUCAUAUUGUAGACAAUGCAGCACUAUCUGUCAAAAUCCACAGCUUGCUUUUUCCGGUCAGACGAACUCUCAGUGUGCUCAUCCCUCCCUGUGCUGCUCUCUGGCAUAUGCUGCUCUCCAAUGGUUUCAUUCCUUUGCAUCAGAAACCCACCAGGUUCCCCACUAACACAGAAUCAUGGGUAAAUCUCUAGCAAUGAAGGGAAUGAAGGCAGCUUGUGAGAGCCAUCCCCAGGAAUAAGGUCAAUAGGUAUAUACAGUUCUUGCCUCCUCUUUUUGCCCUCACAAUCCUACCUCCAAAACCUGUUGUGUAGAGUUGAGGUUGAAGGGAUUAAGUUCACAGAGACCGCACAAUGCCCAAUGAAGAGGUCUUGCCACCUCGCAAGGUUUCUUUUCCCUUGUCCCACUCACCUUCCUGUGGACAGGGAACAGCAUGGGAGUGAUUCCAGAGAUUAAAUUCCUGCCCCAAUAAAGUCAGCUGCAAAUUUCUUGACUAUAAUGGAGACGGGAUUUCAUUCAGCAUGGUCGCCUAAAAAUAAAGUCUAAAUGUAAGAACAGUGACUGUGGUGAUAGCAACAGUAUAGGAACUCCACAGAAAGGACUAAAACCCAACUAGAAAUCAGCUAUAGCAUUGAUUUCACAAUUGGAAGAAAAUGAAUGUAAAUUCAUAAUUAAUUGGUUAAAGAGGGAAAUAUAUUUAUUUUUUUUUUUAAUCUGUACUACUUUGACAAUAACUCAGUAAUUUAUUUAAGGAAUUGCUGUACCGUUGUCAAAAUUAUAUCACCUUCAGGACAGAACAUCUGUUGCUGGUAGAUGGUCUAGGAAUGCCAAAUAUAAUCUAGAGUUUAUUUUCCAAUAUAAUUCACAUUUUAUAUCCCAUGAGAAGUGCUCUUCACCUUUAUGAGCUCUCUUGGCUGAGCAAACUGGUGCUGGUUUAUGUUGUUGGAUAUUUUUUUAAGGAAGGGGGAGAGAACAUGCCUAAAUGUGUGUUCAAAAGAGAGUAGGAUUCUCCUCUAAAGUGUUACAAGUACUUUUGUUUGUUUUCUGGAUUACCCUUUUAUCCACAGAUAGUCAACUGCCUCAGGUCUUUAAUCCAACAAAAGCAUCUCAAAGAGUAACAAAGCUGAUUUAGAUACAUUUGUCUGAAUUGGGUUUUCUUCUGCUUUUGGAGCCCUAAGAAAAGCCGGACAUAAAACUAAUUUCAAAUUUGGCUGUUGGGUUUGCAAUGUUGCUUUUUAUGGCCUGAGGUGCUGUCAAAGAUAGAAAUCCAAAGUUAUGGUGUUUCAGUGGUAGUCUUCUAGGCAUAAAUGGACAAACAAGCAUAAAGGAAGUGGACAAAGGUACAGAGUUUCUAAUGGAAAUGCUUCUUCAUGAGUUCAAAGAUAGCAAGUUGUACGAUAGCUAAUAUACUUGUCGGUACAAUCUGCAAAAUGCAAUUUCAAAUUUUCUCCCAGAAGGCUUUAUCUGUGGAGGCCAGGACACUGCAUGGGCAUCUACACCUAAAAAGAUGUUGCUGCUUCCAACAAUACUAAACAGCUUUUGAAAAUUAACCUCUUUUGAGUUAUGGUUAAAUUGAAAACAUUUGGACUGGCAACUUGAUUUUGUUCCACAUCCUCUUUAUGUGUGUGUACUAUCAGGAAACAGAAAUAUCAAUGAAAAUUAUUGUGAAAACUUGGAGAGCUUUCCGAAACUGUAAGUUCAUACAAAUUGUGGUAAUUUACCCCUAGAUAAGGGGUAAAAGCAACAGCGAGAUCAGUGUAAUGAUUAGGGGUCCUAAUCUGGGAGGGAGUUGUGGCCACAGUGCUUAUACUCAUCAUCUGCAGAAGGAUGACAUUCACUCACUGCAAGAUUAAUUUUGGUUUUAGUGAGAAAUUAUUCUCACUACUUCUUACAGAGCAUUUUCUGCUGCAGGAGAUGUGGUUUCUUUACUAACCACUUAUUUCCUAGCCAAAGGAUUUAUAUAUAUUACUCUGUAAUAAACUGUCCUUGCAUAUAGUCUCUAGUUUAUCAAAUUACAACUUCUUUAUUUUAUCUUUUUAAAAGAAAACUAAGCAGUGAUUUAAGUAAACUCUGAAGUAACUUCUCAUAGUUUAAGGACAAAAAAUACAGUUUGCUGUAUUUUACCUUUAGCACAUUUAAACAAUUUUUUCUUUUUUCUUUUUUUUUUUUCUUUUUUUUUUUUUAAUUGUACCUUCAGAAACAUGAGGAAAGAUUUGGUUUAAAAAUAAGGAAGGUAAAAAACUGGAUGUAACCUCUUUAACAGAAUGUACCACAGUUCUGCUGUUUGCUGUGUUGACUUUGUUGUUUAUGAUGCAUUGCGUGAGCACAUUCACCAUGUACUGAAGUGUGUUUUUGUGUGUAUGGGGUGGGAGUAGGGGGAAAUCUUUUUAUGGAAAAAGAAGUUAUGAACAUAAACUAUGAAGCAACAUCUAAUGAAAAGUUUCUUUUUAAGUGCAAUAUAUUUAUUUCUGCUAGAAAUAUAAUAUCGACAUUAUGUAAUAUUUGAAGCAUUAAAUGUUAUUUGUAAACAGCUUAAAAUUAUAUAUAUAUAUAUCACAAAAAUUGUACAGAAGUGCAAAUGUGUGGAUAUUCUGUUUCUUUCAUUAAAAUAUUGGGUGUUUUGAUA